UGUUCUAAGUGGACAAGUUAAUCCUCCAAUCAUUGAUCAUGUAUGUUAUGUAUAUAUUGGUACUUUUUAUACAACACCAAUUAAAAAGAAGGAAGCAUUUGGCAGCAAGCGAUGAGGAAAACUGUCAUUUUCUUGCUUGUUGUAGCUCUUGGCUUGGAAUCGUCAUCGUCGGAUCAUCAUCAGCCUUAUCGCACCGCUUUUCAUUUCCAACCUCCACAGAACUGGAUGAACGAUCCUAAUGGACCAAUGUACUACAAUGGAGUGUAUCACAACUUCUACCAACACAACCCAAAAGGCCCACUCUUUAGUAAUCAAAUGCAUUGGGCACAUUCUGUAUCAUAUGACUUGAUCAACUGGAUCCAUCUAGACCUCGCCAUUACGCCAACCGAACACUUUGACAUCAACAGUUGCUGGUCCGGUUCUGCCACAAUCCUCCCUGGAAACAAACCUGUUAUGUUAUACACAGGAAUUGACUCACAAUUCCGCCAAGUCCAGAACCUUGCUGUCCCCAAAGACUUAUCUGAUCCCUAUCUAAGAGAAUGGGUCAAGUACACAGGCAAUCCCAUCAUCAGCCUGCCCGAUGGGAUUCAACCGGAUGACUUCAGAGACCCAACUACCACCUGGAUUGCUGAAGACGGGAAAUGGAGAACCAUUGUGGGAAGUCAGAAAGAUAAGACAGGGAUUGCGUUUUUGUACCAUUCGGAUGACUUUAUUAAUUGGACUAGAUCAGAUUCGCCGCUUCAUAUGGUUGAAGACACUGGGAUAUGGGAAUGCCCUGAUUUCUUUCCAGUUUGGAUUGAUAGCACAAACGGGGUUGAUACAUCCGUUACCGCCUCGAAUGAGCAUGUAAUGUUUGUCUUGAAGAUGGGAUUACUUGAUCAUUCAAAAGACUACUACCUGAUUGGCAAUUACGAUUAUGAGAAAGAACUCUACGUUCCUCAAAAUGACUUGACGCUUAGUACUUUGAGAUAUGAUUAUGGGAAGUAUUAUGGUUCAAAGUCUUUUUUUGACCCUGUGAAAAACCGAAGGAUCUUGAUGGCUUGGGUCAACGAGUCUGAUUCUGAAGCGGAUACUAUUGCUAAAGGAUGGGCAGGAAUUCAAUCAUUUCCAAGAAGUAUUUGGCUCGACAAAGAUCAGAAGCAGCUCAUGCAAUGGCCUAUCGAGGAAAUUGAAAUGUUAUUCAAAAAUGAGGUUAGUUCUCACAAUAUGAAGCUUGAAGGUGGAUCAUUACAUGAAGUUCAGGGCAUUACAGCUUCUCAGGCUGAUGUGAGGAUUGCGUUCAACCUAACUAAUUUAGAAGAGGCCGAAAUACUGGGGGAAAAUUGGAUUGAUCCACAGGUUGUUUGUAGUGAAAAGGAUGCAUCAUACAGAGGCAAAUUUGGAGCUUUUGGACUGUUAGCUUUAGCUUCUCAUGACUUGACUGAGCAAACAGCAAUCUUCUUUAGAGUUUUCCAAAAUAACGGACGAUUUGUUGUGAUAAUGUGCAGUGAUCAGAGCCGGUCUUCUACAAAAAAUGGGAUCGACAAAAUGUCCUUUGGAGCCUUUGUGGACAUAAAUCCUCAACAAGAAGAAAUUUCACUGAGAACCUUGAUAGAUCACUCGAUUGUUGAGAGCUUUGGAGGGGGAGGAAAGACUUGCAUUACAGCCAGGGUUUAUCCAACCUUGGCCAUUGGAGAAGAAGCCAGGCUGUUUGCAUUCAACAAUGGAACGGAAAGUGUGGUGAUCUCCAAGCUGAGUGCUUGGAGUGUCAAGAAAGCUCAAAUGAACGUUGAAGAAACUAUAGGGUGUGCAGAUCAAUAACUUGAAGGGGAUGAUGUACCUAUGAAAUUCAUUUAUAUUGGAGCACUUAAACACGAUAUGGAGGCUCCAUGUUGAGAGCUUGCAUGCCACUACAAGCCCUAAUGGUAAAGUCCACCUUUUUAGUAACAAACUGAGUAUUACUUUACAUGAGCAAUAGCUUAGCAUCAUAUUUUAAUAAGGCUGAAUGCGCUGCUUCACGUGUUAUCGCUACGAUAUGCCAUUUAAGUAUAUGAUUCAAACACUUUUAUAUAUCAAUGGUUAAUUGCAGAAAA